AUCGGUCUCACCGGUUCCGAGACCAGUUCCAAAAUUCCGGACCCGGUUGAAACCGGUUCCAAUUCCGGUCCUGGAAAUUCGGACCCGGUACCCACUGGGUACCCGGUUGUUUAAUAUGUGCAAUUUUUUUGUUAAAAAUCCUCUCUCUUUCUCUCUCCCCCAUUUCCUCUUUUUGCCUUCAUUAGUAUUCACUAAUCACUAUCACCGAUUCACCGCCUCUCUCUUUCUCUCUCCUCUCUUUCCUCUUCCUCCACUUUGAUCUUCAUCAAAAUCGGUGCCUCUCAUUGCUCUUGAUACUGGCAACCGCCGUUUUCACCCAUCCAGUCAUCCACCGUCCUCCACCUUCGCCCUAUCCUCGACACCGAGGAAAAACAAUGCUAAUGAAGACAAAGGGGAUCGAAUUAGCAGCUUGCCUAAUGAUUUCCUGGUUCACUUGUUAUCUCUUAUGGACUUGAAAAGUGCAUGAAAAACUAGCCUUCUUUCCACAAGGUGGAGAUAUGUAUGGACUCACCUAGUUGAUUUGGAUUUGCAAGACUCGGAAUUUUACUCGCAAAGGAAAAUAGUUGAUGAUAGUUUAGCUAAGAUAUAUUGUAACUGGGUUAACAGGGUUAUGACUGCGAAUUGUGCCAGAAAUCUGAAUACAUUCAGAAUACAUUAUCCACUCAAUGGCUUACAUGAUGCCCAUAUUGAUAGAUGGGUGAAAUUGGCCCUAAGCAAAAAUGUUGCCAACUUGGAGAUCAACUUGUCAACUUUUUAUGGCCUCCCUAAGGGGUUUGAUAUUUACCCAAUUCUACGGAAUUUUCUCUUCAUUUACCCUGGUCAUAACAACCAUCAACUUUUCUUGAAGUCUCUUCACUUAGAAGCCAUAUGUAUCGAUGGACGCGUGCUCGAGAACGUUUUAGCUAAUUGUCUCAAUCUUGAGAGCCUGACAGUGAGGACGUGCCGGUUUUACACUGUUAUAGUAAGGCCUGUAAAAAAUAAUUUUCUUAAACACUUUGAGCUUUUUUGGUGCCACCAGAUUGAGUCAUUGGAGAUUUCUGCUCCCAAACUUACUUCUUUUAUAUUGUUCUCCGCUUCAAAGAAGCUUGAGGUGGAGUAUACUAGUGUUCCAUCGGUUGUGAAUGUCACCUUUGGCGGUCAUUAUUGCUAUCGUGUUUUGUAUGGUUUGCACCUCAUUUCAGCUUUCUCACAUCGACUCCAGAAACUCUCUCUCAAUUGGAAUCGGAAAAGUCGUGCUUCUGCUGGAUUACCGGUGCUCCCUAGAGACAGCCUUUUAUCUUUCAUUGUGGCAUGCCCUUUGUUGCACACCUUUAAGUUAGAGUUGGUUCCGUUGAUAGGAGAAGCAGCGGUAAUGCCAAUAGCUCUAAAGGAUGCUAAGAUUAAUUACACAAUGCGUGCACAUCGUCAACUUAAGGUUUUAGAGUUGAUUGGAUUCGAUGGAAGUGCGUCUGUUGCCGAGUUUGCAUUCUGUCUAACUCAAAAUGCUCCCAUGCUUAAGAAGAUUAUUUGUGAUACUCGAUGUCCACAAUUAAAGGGAUUUGUAAACAAAUGGUAUGACCAAGAAAAUAUUGAUAACAUUGCUUCCGCGAGAAGACAAGCCAAGUUGCUUGCGAAGCAAAUUCAACGAGGCAUUGAUGUGGUGAUACUAUAAAGCUAGAUUGACCUCCUUUAAUGUUUGUUUGUUUUUGAAAUGUCCUAAAUACCGAUGCAGGAUAGUAAAGGAUGAUCCUAAAUGGAUUUAAAAGGCUUCACAUCCUUGGUUGCCUAAUCUCUUGUCUUCUUUGGUACAUAAUAAAACUUGGUUAAUGUUUGGUA